GUCGCUUGGUUACCGCACACACCGUAGCCGUAGCUGUGCUAGCUUUGUGGACGCGUGGGUGCUACCACAAACGUAAUCAAGUCGGUGCAAACAAAGUUCUCGAGCCGGCAGAGCAACCGGGCAGCUAUGCCAUUUGUUCAAUCGUUGAAGAGCUUCAACUGGUUUGCUGGAGGCAUCUACGAACGCGCAAUGCACAAACACGAUACUCAGCUGAGGCUUUUUGUAAAUACCUGUCGCUUUUAUUGUCGUCCAACUAGGCAGAAAAGGCGUUUCGACGCGGACUCGCCUGGGCAACCAAGCUUGGCGAAUCUGUAAAGCACAUCUACGUCGUGAAUCGCUAACUUUUUGGAACUUCGUGUGGAUGCAACGAAAAAUGAACAUCAAAUAUUGCCAUUAGAGAUAGUUCCUAAUCUAAGCACAGUUCCGCUUUAUGUUGCAUACUCUUGUGCAAUAACACUUUCGAAGUAAUUAACAAUAAAUUAAUUAACGAAGUAAUUAACAAUGAAAGGCCGUGCCCUGGGCUCUUUCACGUUCCCUGGAAUGGAAGGUCAACAGCAUGGCGACUUGUUUAUGUCAAAAGGGAUGAUCUCGGAAAAUCAGCUGGCAAGCUCUCCACUGGGUGCUGUUUGUGAAAUCUCCAAGUUCGUGCAAGCAGCUUCACGGUAUCUGUGGGGUAGGGUUCAGUGGCUGCAGCGUUGGAGCCUACGGCAGCUAACAGCAUGUCUGGCUUUGUUCUAUCAAUCGAAGGGGAGUUGAACUUCAUUGUCAAAGAGUACCUCGACUAUCUGGGACUCCACAGUGUUUCAAAGGCCUUUGAAGAGGAUUGCCUGGCAAACAGCAAGCCGAUCCAGGAGAGCUUUGCUUCAUACAGGAAUGAACGGACGCAGAAAGUUCAGAAGGAACUGCUGAGCUACUUUGAAGAAGGCAAGCAGGCUCAGUUUUUUGCCGUUUGGGACUCUGUCGUCUCUAGAUGCAUGGCGAUCGACGAGGCCGCGUGCCGCGACCUCGAGUUUCACCUGCGGUUGCACUUUGCCAUCUACCCACAGCGCUACCCCGAGAAAGCCAACCUUCAGGGCAGCAUAACUGCUGAGGCUGCCAUGGCCAACUUCCGUCACUACAUACCCUACUUGGUAGAGUCCAUCAAGGCCCGCACAGAGGAUCCCCUGGUGUACUUUGCCUUGCCCUACGUCCAGAAACCAAGACAGUUUCCUGUUUUCAAGUCGAUUUUUGAGGAGAGCUGGGUGGAUGAGCUCAAGGGCAGGCUAGAGAAGUUUGUGCAGGAGUCUCUGUCGGCACAGUACCAGCAACGAGCAAAGCCACGCCUUAUGGACCUCUACUAUUGCAGCGAUGUGGAAUUGAAUGACAUGCGAGAAGACUUUAGACGGUGUGAGCAGAGAUUACAACAGCGCGAGGAGCAGCGGGAAGUCCUGGACAAACAGAUGUCCAAACUACAGGAGGACUACAAGACACUUGUGUCUGUGACUACGGAGCUGAUCACUGCGCUCGAAGCAACUGUCAGGGGAGACUUGGUGAACUUGGAGAACGUGCUGUUCUCGUGCGGGCAGCGAUUUCCCGAACUGGUGAAGCUGCAGACGCCUCGUACGUCACGUGGGUCGACCUGCGACGGCACCCAGGUGUUUGUCCUCAGAAGUGGACUCCACACCAGACGCACCAGGCUGGACUUCACCAAGGUCAAGCAAGACCUGUCCGAGGCAAGCGCCAGCACGCGAGCUCUUCUGCUGCAGGCACUUCGAUGGAAAUUGACCAAGGCCUCUUCGGUCGAAGAAAGAGACUGCGUCCUGCUGGCAUAUGUUGACAAUGAUCUGCUGGGCUUCAUUGAGAGGUCUCCUGACUACUGCAACCGUAUCUUGCACAUAAUCAAAUCACCAAACUUGGGGUUACAGCAGAGCUUUGUGAGGUUCUUGAAUACGAUGGCUGCCUUUCGAUUAGGACGUAAUUACUUGGCCAAGAAUCUCCAGCUUGUUGCGGUGCUUACGGACACCCUCGUUUUCGACCGAGUCACGAACCCCAGAACGCUGGACAUGAUUCUGGGCGUACUGCAGAAACUGAGUCUGAGACGACAGCAGAAGGACAUCAUGAUCAGCCAUGGCAUUUUGGAGUGGGUGGUGCGCACCUUGCAAGAAAGCGAGGAGGUCGGGAUGUCGGAGUACGGCCUCGAGUAUAUCACCGCACUGUUCAUGAACUUGUGCCUGCAGAAAUCAGAUUGUGCCUUACUUGAAUGGUGCGCUGUACAGUCUGUUGUGUGAUCCGGAAUUUCGAAGCAUCGCUGUUCAAAUGGGUCUGGAAGGAAGCUUGCAGAAGGCAAAGGCCCACUCAUCUGCUGAUGUGCAACAUCAGCUGGACCAAGUUUGCGGGAGGCUCCUUUCUUCAGACGCAAUUGUCGAUGAAGGCAUUGUUGAUUCUCUGAGCGAGGAUGACGAUGAUGACGAGGAUUCACAGGAGGAAUCGGAGCCGGAGCCAGAACUUGACAUGGACGACAUUGUGCAAGCAUUGCCUCAC